CUCCCAGCGUGCUUUAAAACUCAGAUCCGACAGCCAGACAGCCAGACUCUGCUUGGAGGAGCGUCCUUGCGGCACCCACCCUUCCCUUCCCGAGCAGCUCGGGCUCACAGGUGCCCCAACAGCCCGGCGGGAUGGUGGCGUGCAGCCUCGCUUGCUGGCGGUGCCGCUGGCUCUUGCCCCUGCUUCUGGGCCUGGCCAUCAUCAUGGGUAUCAUCGCACUGGCAGGCCGGGGCUGGCUGGAGUCUGAGUCGGAGCCCUAUGUGCACCAAGCCUCGCUGUGGGAGAGCUGCACGCGGGGCGAGCAGGACCUCAACUGGAACUGUGAAUCUCUCAUGGACUAUGGAUGGGGGAGAGCAGCAGCUGCCACAUACCUCGUUGGCUUUGUGAUCCUGGUCAUCUGCUUCGCCCUUGCAGUCAUUGCAUUCUCAAUUGAAAUACUUCGCUUCAACUUUGUGCGAGGAAUUGGAGGCUUGCUUUUUGUUGUUGCUGCAUUCCAAAUCAUAGGGUUGGUCAUCUAUCCAGUGAAAUUCACAGAAGAAAUUCCACUGAUGGGAGCUAAUAUGUUCAGCUGGGCCUAUGGUUUCGGUUGGGCCAGCACUGUCGUUGUGAUAGGUUGUGCUUUCUUCUUCUGCUGCCUGCCCAAUUGGGAAGAUGAAGUCCUGGGAAACAUCAAGCCGACCUAUUACUACUCCUCCCCAGAUAGAGCACCAUACUUAAAUUGAAAGGUUAAAUCCAACUGCAAGCAACUGUCAAAGCAAUAGAAGAGCACCUUUGCUGCAAAUGUGGGUGCGAUUAUAAGAGACUGAAAAAAGAAAACCAACUACCUUAUUUCUGCAGUAUAUUUCUUACAAGCACUGGUUAAAAAAAUAAUAAAUUAAAAAACAUUGGCACCUGUAAGCAAAUAACUUUAACCUAAAGUAUUAUUUACAUAUUCUCAUGUCAGUUCUGUUUUGGUGGUUUACUUAAUCCUUUCCCUCCCAACUAAGUCAUCCUUCUUUUAUUCAGACAUAUCCUCACAAAUAAAGGCACAGCUUUUCAAGCUGGAAAGGAGGAGAGAUUUUAAACAACCCACCAGGGGGACCUGCAUGUUUUUUAUUUUUUCACCUGUGACAAAAUGGCUUUACAUAGAAUUAGGAAAAAAUAAAACCCUUCCAAAGAAAGCUUUUUCUUUUGCCAAAAAUCAGCCCCAAGGAAGGAACUUCGCUGAGUCUUUUACAUUCAUAUGCUGCCUAAGAAUCACUACUUGUUCCUGUUACUGGACCAUUGUUGACUAUCAAGUUUAUGAACUAAGGGAAAAAUAAAGUCUAUUUUUUCCACCAUCUGUUGCAGUUAAAUGGAGCCAAUGUGUAUAAUAGUGACUAGCGGAACACUUAUUGGAGUUUUUGUGACCACCGCAGGAUGUGCUACAAAGACAUACAUAAUUAAAUAUACCUUGUCAUAGAGAGAACAAAUUAAUCUUCAGAUGUUGAACUGCACGCAUUAUUAUAUGGUAUUUGGGAGAUGCUUGUUUAAAAAAUACUUUCCAGUAGAUACAUACACUGCUCUUUACAUCUGCCCUUUUAAAACUGCGCAGUUUUAAUUAUCAGACAUGGCUUGGAAGGAAAUCUUAACGCGUGCUGUUGAAAACCUCCAGAAGUUUCUAUAAUUGACAGCGUGGCCUGGCAGACUAGUAAACCUGGGAAUGCUUUGCAAGUCACUAGAGAUAACUGAUAUAAAUAGAAAAGCAGCCUGCGAGCAAUAUCUGUAUGCAAACCCCAUACAGACACAUCUUGGGGAAUAACCUGCUGAGCUCCCAGCUUGUCUUUUUGAAGCCAAUGGCUCCAAGUAAAUUUUCCAGUGAGACAGAGCCACAUCUGCAUCUGCUAUGGACUGGCAGCAGCUUAUGGAUAUUUAUUUGAGAUCUGUCAUCUCUGUCAGGGCUUUCCUAGGCUGGGGAAGAAGGCAGCUCCUCUGCCAGGUGUGGGGGCAGAGACAGGUUUCUAAGAGGGCUGCAGGUGCGGUAAAAGGUAAACAGUGUUCCAGGGCUGCUUUCCCCUUAUUGUCACCCCAGUACUUUGGAGAGAAUGCACAGGCCCAUUCAUAAACACAUACAAAAUAGGAAGUGCUAAUCAGCAUCCUGUAAAACUAAGGCAUUUAGAACUAAGCUUUUUUUAAUGCUCUGUAUGUCUUGGUAUUGUGCUUUGUUUAACAUUCUACUUCGUAACACUUCUCUAAUUUCAUAACUCUGCAUUUUGUAUGUGUGUAUGUAUUAAGGUCCCUUGCAGGCCUGUAUUUUAUAAUUUUGCAGAACAUAAAUAUCUCCAGGCUCCAGAAAUAUGUUAAAUGCUCAGUCACACAUGGCACAUGGAAUCAACUGUGUUAGCAACUCCUGCUGAACAAGACAACCUGUAAGAAAUGUGUCUUUUUGUUCUCCCCCUCCUGCCUCUGUCUGCUGUUUCUGUAAAUACAGGAAGGGGUAUUACUGGAUAGAUGUUUGUGUUACAAAUACUGAUAGCACCUUUCCAGUGAAUCACUGGAGAGAAUCUCAGGUCUGGAAAGUCCUUGCACAGCUGAAGCUGAGAAGGCGAAAAGACAUAAGGAAAUGGACACCUUAACAAGGAUGACAAUGAUACAGAAAUUGGACUCAGCAUAACUUCAGUCUUUGAUAUGUUUUUCUAAAGAAGCACUGAUAUGUCUCAAAAAAAUUAAAAAUAAAAUAAGAAGAAGCACAAAUGUAGAAUAAAUUUGGUACUGAAUAUAAUAGGUGGAAGCAUAAGCAGCAUGUUAUGCAGUUAAGAUGUAUCUAAAGCAAUACUAAUGUAUGUGUCAUUCCUUUCAACAGUGGUGGCUUAAUUAAAACUGUUUUAAUCAA